AUGGACACAUUUGACAGCUCCAUAGAGGACUGGUCAAUUUAUGUUGAAAGAUUUGACCAGUACUGCCUUGCUAACGGGAUAGAGGAUGAGAGGAAAGUCGCGGUUCUUCUGAGUCUCAUGGGAGCGAAGACGUAUAACCUCCUCCGCAGCCUCAUCGCACCAGCCAAACCCGCAGACAAAACUAUUGAGGAGAUUACAAGAACACUCAAAAAUCAUUUGAAUCCAGCACCGCUAGUGAUCGCGGAGCGCUUCAGAUUCUAUAAGAGAAACCAAGCAAAGACUGAGUCAGAGUACAUCGCAGAUCUGCGAAGACUGGCGGAACAUUGUCAGUUCGGAGAGGGACUAUCUGACGCAUUGAGAGACCGGUUCGUCUGUGGUCUGCAUAACGAGAGUACGCAAAAACGCCUUUUAACAGAAGAAAGGCUCACCUUACGGCGUGCGGUGGAUAUCGCUGUGUCAGUGGAAACCGCAGCAAGAGACGCCACUGAACUACAAGGUAAACAGCCCGCUGCAUGCUGGACACAUGGGGGUUGUUAA